AUGACGAGGUCUGCUGGUACGUCAUCUUCGAGCCAAGCCCGGGCUCGGGCUGCAGACGCCCCUUCUACUAGUAGGGCUGGUACAUCGAGAGGUGGGGGUAGAUCGGUUCCUCCGACUCCUCCGACUUAUCCUCAUCCUGGAUGGCCGGACAUGCCGUCCGAGUUGACGGGAUGGCGUUUUCGGACUCCUUACCCGAUUCCGCUAGAGCCUCCACUUCCUGACCAUAGAUAUGUCAGGGAUCCUGAUUCACCACCGCCUCCGGUUGAGUAUGUGGACGAGAUUCUCGGGGUGAUGGCCGCACUUGAGGGCAUGGUCCUUCGGAGAGAGACACACCUAUCCGUUAUGGGUGUGCAGAUGCCUCCUGUAUAUGCUCAGCCGCGGGCCGGGCCACCUGGGCCUCCUUGGGGAGCUGGGCCAUCUGGGCCUUUUUACGGAGCUGGUGGACACGCCUAA